AUGCAGAAGGAGAAGGCCGUGUACGUCGACGGCGCGCCCUGGAUGGAGAACCUGCCCGAGGGGAAGGACUCGAAGAAAGACUUCGAGAUCGACGAUGUGGUGCAGGCGCCGGAGCCCGAGGACGACCCCGAGGCCGCGCGCCUGAAGACGAUCUCGGACCCGGACCAGUGGGCGCUCGCCACCACGCCGGCCGAGAGGCUCCAGUUCACCGUCACCGCGAGCAAGGGCGGCACACUGCCGCGGCCCGCCGCCGACACGGCCGGCCCGCCCAGCGGGAGCCACCCGCGCACCGACGCCCUCGAGGACGGCACAGGCCAGUUGGCGCUGACGCAGGGCAGCGUGCCGACCAGCGCCUCCAGGCUCGGCAGGUUCGCCGGCCUGAGCCCCAAGCGUGGCGCCGGCCUGGGCCAGGAGAGGCCGGCGGGCCGCCCUGGCGCGGCGCCUGGCAGACUGGUGGCCUGCAGAAGGACUGCGUCGACAUGA